UUAAUUUCUUUCUAGUGCCCGCAGCCGUCCUAGUGACAGCGUACUUCAAUAUCGCGAGAGCUAAAAUUCGUUUUACUUGUGAAAUUUAUAUAUUAAAUAGUAUGCAACGGUUAUAAAAAGUGUUGUGAGCAAAUAACGAGUGUGAAUUUACAAUGAUUACGCGAGUGUUGAAUGCGUAAAGGCGAUUCGUUCGCAGUGAAGUAUGUCUGGUUUAACAGUGUUCGUUGUCAACACAAAAUAAAGAGGAUUAUGCAAGUUGGAGUAAAAUGUGGACGGUUUAUAGUAAAUAAGACUAUGCAGGUUGUAAUAAAAUAAUGCAGCGCCUGCUUAAAAUAUUGGCGCUGGCAAUAAGUUGCGCCGCGGGGACCCUGGGGUGCCGCUCGGGGUGCUCGUGCUCGCCCGCGCGCCUGGCCUGCCGCGCCGCGCCGCUGCCCGACCGCCGCCUCGGGCCCGACGCGCUGCCCGCCCAACCCGACACCCUCCAGAACCUCUCCUGGACAAACUCGCAGCUCGAGAGCGUCAACGGCGAGAUCUUCCAUCGACUCAAACAGCUAGAGCAAAUCGACCUGAGCGGAAAUGAACUUAAAAGGACUGAGCAUGGCCUCUUCACCGGUCUGACGCGUCUGAGAUACCUCAACAUAUCGCGGAACCGCCUCGAAGACAUCCCGCGUUUCACGUUCGCGGAUCUAGAGAGCCUGGAAGUGCUCGACGUGUCCUGGAAUGAGCUCCACGUCAUACCCUACCAGGUGUUCGGGCCCUGCCAUCGCCUGCAGUACCUCGACCUCUCUUACAAUAAGAUAGCCACUUUCAUAGAUUUUUACUUUAGACCUAAUCUUCAACUGAAAUCACUGUUCCUAAACAAUAAUAGCCUAGUCAAAAUUACAUCUAACGCUCUAGUCGAUCUCAAGGAAUUGGAGACGCUCGAUAUCUCUAGCAACAAAUUAGACUACUUCCCGAAAUUCUUUUUCGAUAGAUUUGUAAGCUUGAGAGGGCUCAAUCUGAGUUACAACCACUUCCAAAACAUAUCACAUGAUGCUUUUAAGAAUUUGUGGAAUCUGAAGUGGCUAAAUAUGGGCGGCAACAGGAUGAAAAUGCUGCCGCCGAAGCUCUUCCGUAAUAACGAAAACCUGAGAGCGCUCUACCUCGACCACACAGAAAUAUCGGUCAUUGAGAACACAGACUUCGAAGGCUUAAGCGGACUACAGCGACUUUACAUUAGAAAUAACUAUUAUUUACGAGAAAUAGAACCAUUCGUGUUUCAAGACACCGCGUCUUUGACACAUCUGGAUAUAAGUUUCAACAGUUUAACAAAUUUGCCGUUAUCAUUGAAGAUGUUAGAUAAAUUAGAAGAUUUUAGAAUAGGGGGUAAUUUGUGGGCGUGCGAUUGUCGGAUGGCGUGGUUCGCGAACUGGGCGGACCAGAGGAAAGGGAUCAUCAAGUCGGACAUGAGUUGUAGAAAUACGUAUAAGAAUGAGAUGUUGAUUAUACUCAAUAAUACAAACUGCAAGCCGCCGCAGCUAGUCACUGCUUCACCGCUGAUGCUGUACAGGCUGCAGACAGAUGCGAUGCUGGAAUGCAAGUUCCACGGGAACCCGCCACCGUCUAUAACCUGGGUGACUCCCACACGAGCAGUCUUCCAUUGGAACCCGGAGCCGCAGAUCCCCGACAUAUUCCACAAGCAUGGAAUAGCACACGACCAGCACUACAAAACUAUAGACAAUACGAAAUCUCGAGUGAGAAUCCUCGAAAACGGUUCCCUAGUGAUAGGGGACAUUCACAGAGAAGACAGUGGGAUGUACCUCUGCUUCGCUUCGAACCCGUCUGCGAACGUGUCUGUGGAAGUGGUUUUAAACAUAGAUCCAGUGACGAUGUAUGAAAUUAAAAUCUAUAGUUUGAUGUGGGGUGCGUUUUGUGCGGCGGCGUUUUUGGCGAUCACUCUACUGGUGCAGGCGCUGCGUUACAUAUUCCGCAGGUUCCGGCUGAUGGAGACAUGUUGUAGCUGCUGCACCUGCGUGCGCGCCGACGCGCCGCGCUCGCGGCAGAUCCACAGCAUGCUCGACAACAUCGAGCAAUACAAGCGGCAGCAGCUCGAGAAGUUACGAGAGAACUACGCGGUGCAGGUGCAUCGAAUCAAAGAAAACUGCACGCAGCAGAUGGAUUGGAUACAGAAUAGUUAUUCUUCACAAGCCACACAUCUUCGCAAUAUUAGAGACAUCGGCAGUAAUCAUCUGUCGUCUAUGAGGGAUCAGUACUAUGAUCAGGUGAAACGGGUGCGCGAAUAUUCGACCGGGCAGCUCAACUGGGUGCGCGAGAACUACGUGUUCCAACGCAACAAGAUCCGCAAGUUCAGCGCGCACCAAGUUCUCCGGCUGCGGCAGAGCUACAAGUACCAGCAGCAGACGCUCAACAAAGUGCUCGAGAAUCUCCCGUCGCUGUACUUCGACAACUGCCGAUCCGGGUCCUGCGGGCGAAGCGACUCGACGGCGCUCGACCCCGACAUGGAACAUUUGGACAUGUAUCUGAAGACGAAGCUGGAGGCGCUCGCGAGGCUGCCGCCGCUCGCGCCGGACUCGGAGAGCAAGAUGUCCGUGUACUACACGCCGACGGAGCGGUCGGUGACGUCGCGGCGGGGCUCGCCGGUGCCCGACGUGCACAUCAACAUGAUCGAGAUGCCGCCGCCGAGUUUCCUGGCGAGCCUGGAGCCCCCGGUGCCGCCCGGGGAGCCGACGACGUCGCGCUGCGGGCUGCCGGUGCGGACCAAGGACUACGGCGCGGCGGACGCCAAGCCGGCGAGCGAGCCGCUGCUGGGCCGGCAGCGCGGCGGCGCGGGCGGCGCGCGGCUCACCACCAGCGCGAGCUCGCCGGAGCUGCGCGCCGCCGCGCACGUGCAGGCGCGCGUGCUGCUGGCCGUGGAGGCGGGCGCAGGGGGGCGGGAGGGGCGCUUGUAGUACAGGCUGCUGGCG